UGUUUUCCCCAAGAGUUGAUUCUCUACUCACGUUUGAUGAUAUUAAUAUAAAAGGAUUGUAUAAAGGUUUAUCCAGUUAGUCAACAAGCAGACAUGAGGCGGCGUUUAUGUGUGGUGUUGUGUCUCGCCGCGCUGUGCGGUGCAUCAGAAAGAGUGCGCCGAGGUUAUGGUGCCGCUGACGCAGGCGGGGGCGGCGGAGGCGGCGGGGGAGGUGGCUUCGGCUUUGGAGGUGGGGGCGGCUUCGGCUACGGCGGCGGUGGCGGCGGCGGCGGUGGCUUCGGGGGCGGCCUAGACGCCAUCCACGAAGGAGUCUCCGGAAUACUUGGAAAAGUCCACGCUGGCUUGAAAAACAUCGGCAGCGGUGGAUUCAGCGGAGGAUACAGUGUCGGGGGUAAUGGUGGGGGAGGAUAUAGUGGCGGCGGGGGUUACAGCGGAGGGGGAGGAUUGGGCGGCGGCGGAGGCGGAGGACUAGGUGGAGGCCUAGGCGGCGGAAACGAAAAAGUUGUGUACACAAAAUCGGAUGACGGAAAAUCUGGCGGCUUCGCUUUCACCGGAACACUUGACGGAGGCAAAGGUGGUUACGGCGGCGGCGGCGGCUACAGCGGCAACGGCGGCGGCGGGGGCGGUGGAUACGGAGGCGGCGGUGGAUUCGGAGGCGGCGGCGGCCUUGGUGGCAGCGGUGGAUCUAGCGGGGGACACGGAGGCAGUGGUGGCUACGGAGGAAGCAGUGGAGGCGGCUACGGUGGAAGCAGCGGUGGCGGGUUUACCAAGGUUGUAACUGUGAAAAUAGACGGCGGUGGUAUUGGCGGUGGUUCGGGCUGUAGCUCCGGCGGCUGCGGUGACACCGCGGGCGGCGGCGGCGGGCAUGGAGGUGGCGCUGGCUUCGGCGGAGGCACUGGAGGAGCCUCCGGAGGUUAUGGCAGCAGUGGAUCUGGCGUCAGCACUCUUAAAGUAGUGGGAUCCGGCAGCGGUGGGUACGGUGGGGCCUCAGGUGGAAAUGGAGGCGGAUAUGGUGGCGGCGCCGGCUUCGGAGGCGGUGGUGGCGGAGGCUUUGGAGGUAGUGGCGCUGGAGGCUCUGGAGGCAGUGGUUCCGGUGAAUACGGCAGCACAUUGAAAGUUGUCGGGUCUGGGAGCGGCGGAUAUGGUGGUAGCUCUGGCGGCGGCUACGGCGGUAGCUCUGGAGGCGGCUACGGCGGUAGUUCCGGCGGGGGGUAUGGAGGCGGCGGAGGUCUCGGGGGCGGCGGGGGACUCGGUGGUGGCGGUGGAUCCAGCCACGGUGGCGGAUUGGGUGGCCUCGGCUUCAGUAAGACAAUAUCAGGCUCUCUGAACAUCGGUUUGGGAGGCUCUGGCAGUGGCAAAUCUUACGGAGGCGGUGGAUAUGGUGGAGGACUAGGAGGCGGAGGCGGUGGAGGGUACGGAGGCGCCGGGGGUUAUGGAGGUGGUUUAGGGGGCGCGGGCGGUGGGGCUGGCGGUCAUAGCGGCUCAGACGGCCAUGGAGGUUCUGGCGGUUGUGAUGGCUCCUGUGGCGGGUCAGGAAGCUCAGGUGGGGGGGCCUACGCCUCCGCCAGCGCGAAAGCCUCCGCUUCAGCUAGCUCUAGUAGCGGUAGCUACGGCAAAUGAAAAAUUGGUGUAUUAGAAAACUAAGGCAUUCUCUAUGAUGUAUAAGCAUUUUGUCACCAUGUGAUAAUAUUUUAGAGUUUACAAUGUAUGUUUGGACUUUGGAUUAGGCUAUACAAUCUCGGUAUUCGUUGUAUUGUAAUCUUGGGUUCAAAAAAUUUUUGUCCCCGUGCUUCGGAGGGCAAGUUAAGUAGUCGGUCCUGACUUCUGUAUCCCCAUGUAAGUAUAUUGUAAUUGUUACAUGAGCCAUGUCUUGGGCUUAGGCGGUUCAAUAGUAACCCUGAAACCAGGGUUGAUGAAGCCUAAAUUAUCUACAUCUAAAGAUUGCAUACAGCUCCCUCCCUUGCAUAGUGAAAGUAGGUAUGAAAUGUUACUAUGUGAGGAAAUGCUUGCCAUAUUUUUGUAAAUACUGAUAAAGCAGCGCCCGUAGCAUGGUGCCUAUCGCGCGCGAUACCAAAUUCGAGUGCCGUGUUUUGUUAGUUAGGUACUAGUUUUAUAAUGUAAGAACGCUUGUAAAAAUGUUAAUGAUUACGAUAAGCAAGACUUUUUAAUUUUUAUAGUCAUUAAAUUAUUUAAGUUUAUAUUCUCAUGCA